AAAAAAAACAUUUUUGCAUUCCGAAUUUACGUUUGGAAGGGAGGGGUGGGGAAGGAGGCAGCGAGGAAAGUUGGAGGCACUGAGUGGGAGGACUUGACUGACUUGAGAAAAAAACUGUGACGAGUCAGGACGCGUCCUCGGUGGUUAGACGAAGUGCAUCGGGGUUAGGACUCGGGUUGAUUUCUCCCUCAAAAAAAUAAAAUAAAAAAAUUGAAAAGAGAAAGAGAACUUUUACGAUAUUAGUCUUCGGAGGUCAGAGUUAGUUUGUCAGUUAGUCAAGUCUCCUGUCGUCGUGAUCACUGGACAGUCUCCCAAUGUGCGUAAAGGGGAUUUUUUUCCUGUGUGGACUCGCAGUCUCAGGCGUGCUGCGGGUCAGCGGGAUCCGUAUUUAUACAUCUGGGGAUGUGGAGGCAGUCAACGGGACGGACAUUCGUCUGAAGUGUACAUUCGAUAGCUCCUCUAACAUCAACCCCAAUACCAUCAUCGUCUCCUGGAGCUUCAGACCCCUUAAACCAGGCCGAGAAGAAUCGGUGUUUCACUACCAGCAGAAGCCAUACCCUCCUCAGGAGGGCAUUUUCCGGAAACGCAUCAUCUGGGCUGGUGACGUCAUGGGCCAGGACGCUUCCAUCAUAAUUCGUGAAGUGAAGUUCACCUACAACGGCACCUACACGUGCCAGGUCAAGAACCCCCCGGAUGUGCACGGCUCGGUUGGAGAAAUUCGACUGCGGGUCGUCACUACAGCAUCGUUCUCUGAGCUUCUGCUGUUAGCGUUUGCCAUCGGCGGAGGAAUUACCGUCGUGGUGCUCCUCCUCAUCAUCAUCGUGUCUUGCAGGAGGUGCAAGAGGAAGAGACAAAGGCGAGAAGGAGAAGUGGAAGCUCCUCGCAAAGAGAGAAAAGAUCCCACAGUGUGCCACCCAAUGAGGGCCAUCCACCUGUACCUAUCACAGACGUCCAUAGAGAUUGACAGUUCAGACGGAAUGAUCUCAGAGGCCAGCACGAAAGAUCCCAGCUCGGAAUCAGACGGCGCGAGCUCAGAUGACGACGACGAUGACGACGAAGGUGACGAUUCAGACUAAAGAGGUGGGAACAGACAGAGAGGGGGGGGGCACUUUUGAGGACGACAUUGCGUCCGAGUAGCGAGUAGACGGUGAGUGCGCAGGCGCCCUUGCUAGUGAAGCCACGCACACUGUCAUCAUGAAUGGAAGGAAAAGCAGACGGAUGUCCCGUUUGAACGAUUCGCAGGAAGCACAAAGAGGUUCAGAAUCUUUGGAAGGGGAUCAAAAUUGUUUUUUUUUUUUUUUUGGUCGAAAUAUUCCGAUCUGACCGAACAAAGGCUGUGUGUGAACUGUGCUGACACAGCGGGUGACGGCCGUUUUCCGAAUCCAUCCGAUAUCCCAUCGGCUGGAAUGUUACAUGACAUGACUUGAAAACAAAAAUAAGUCAAACAACAACUUUCCGUUACCUAUAAUAUAUUCAAUUUGCAAACAAAGAGAUUGCUGGUGAUUGAGCCACCGUGUACGUCCGUAUAUUUACAAGGGAGUGCAAUUUUGAUCUGAAAAACCUUUGAAUGCAAACUGUCCUUGUCCAACUAGGCGACUGUAAAGAAACCUUUUUUGUUGUUGUUAUUUUGUACUGAUGAUGUCAUACCGAGCAAUAUGCACCGAUGCCUCUAGGCUUUUAGUUAACGCCUCAAGUAUUUCAUUCCCUUUUUUUAAUGUCGAGUAUAUAGUUUUUCCAUCUUGAUUUUCUAAUAAAAAUGACUUUGAAAUAUGUA